AUGAGGAAAUCCACCCGAAAUAGCAAUACGCACCCAGCCACCCAUCAGACCCUGCAUUCCUAUCCUAGUCACCCUUCCGACCAAGUAAUCCUCACCCAGACACCCAUCCGACACAGCAAUCCUAUCCUAGACACCCUUCCGACCAAGCAAUCUUCAACCAGACACCGACCCGACCCAACAAUCCUCACCCAGACACCCAUCCGACACAGCAAUCCUCACCCAAACACCCACUCGACCAAGCAAUCCUCACCCAAACACCCAUCCGACACGGCAAUCCUCACCCAGACACCCACUCGACCAAGCAAUCCUCACCCAAACACCCAUCCGACACAGCAAUCCUCACCCAAACACCCAUCCGACACAGCAAUCCUCACCCAGACACCCACUCGACCAAGCAAUCCUCACCCAAACACCCAUCCGACACGGCAAUCCUCACCCAGACAUCCACCUGACCCAACACCCACCCGACCAAGCAAUCCUCACCCGGACACCCAUCCGACACAGCAAUCAUCACCCGGACACCCAUCCGACACAACAAUCUUCACCCAGACUCCCACUCGACAAAGCAAUCCUCACCCGGACACCCACCCGACUAAGCAAUCCUCAUCCGGACACCCACCCGACCAAGCAAUCCUUACCCUAACACCCACCCGACCAAGCAAAUCUCAGCCAGACACCCACCCGACCAAGCAAUUCUCACCCGGACACCCAUCCGACACAGCAAUCAUCACCCGGACACCCAUCCGACCCAGCAAUCUUCACCCAGACACCCACCCGACCAAGCAAUCCUCACCCGGACACCCACCCGACCAAGCAAUCCUCACCCGGACACCCACCCGACCAAGCAAUCCUCACCCGGACACCCACCCGACCAAGCAAUCCUCACCCUUACACCCACUCGACCAAGCAAUACUCACCCGGACACCCACUCGACCAAGCAAUCCUCACCCGGACACCAAUCCGACACAGCAAUCAUCAUCGCGACACCCAUCCGACUCAGCAAUCUUCACCCAGACACCCAUCCGAACAGCAACCCUCAACCAGACACCCGACAGACCCAGCAACCCUCACCCCAAACCCACCCGACCGGGCAACCCUCACCCAGACACACACCUGACCCAGGAACCCUCACCCAGACACACACCCGACCCAGCAAACCUCACCCGGACACUCACCAAACGCUGCAGUCGUCACAUAGACACACGCCCGACCCAGCGGUCUGAAACCAGAUACCCACCCGACCAAGCUGUCCUUACCAAGAUACCUACUGACCCAACAAUCUUCACCCAGACCUUAACCGGCCCAGCAAUCCUUUACCUGACACCCACAUAA